CACCAAAGUAUAAAAAAGGAUUGAAAUGAUGGUGUUAAUGAACAUUCUGCAUUUGAUUAGUACAACCGCACUAUUCACCUUUACAUAUGCUUUUGCUGGCAAAAAGCGAGAUGGGAAAAAAGAGCAAAAAAAUGAGCCGAUGAAUGCAGACGGAGUUAUACUGCAACCAAGCUUUGGUAUCCUUGAUAAAAAGGAUGACAAGAAGAACAAAGAUGAUGACACAAGGGAUACAUUCAAGGAUAGCGAUAAAAUAGCGCCUAUCUUCACGAAAGACAAAAGAGAUGACAAAAAUGGCAACGAGAACAAGAAGGAAUCAGAUGAUAAGGAUGAGGAGAAGGCAUUUAACAAUGAAGUAAUGGGACAGAGCAGUUACAAGCCACCUAUGGUAACGAUGCUGCUCAACAAGAACAAGAAAGAGGAAGGAAGAAAAGCGAUGUUGGCCGAGUAUGACCAGCUAAGGCAGCGUGCAAGCGAGUCGUUGAACAACAUCUACAACAUUGUAACGACCAUGGACAAGCUGGUGGAUACGAUGAAGGAUGAGGAUAAGAAAGGUGAGGAGAAGAAAAGGAAGAGCAGCGCACCUGAAGAGAGGAUCGAUUACAAAAUUAUUGAAGUUACCGAUAACGAUGGGAAAUAAAUAAAAACUGUUAGUGUUAACGUAA